AUGUUACUUAUCUUCCUGAGACUAUUCUUUGUUUUAGUAAUUACCCAAGGAUCUGACUUCACCUCCUGUGAUAUUACCUUAGGUUCCUCAUUGAUCCCAGACACAAACCCUUCAUGGCGCUCACCUUCUGGCCUUUUUGCAUUUGGUUUCUACCAGCAAGAUGAUGGUUUUGCAGUUGGGAUAUGGCUCGCAAGCAAACCAGAAAUCACAGUUGUUUGGACUGCAAAUCGUGAUGACCCACCCGUCUCUACAAACAGUAGUAUUGAGCUCACCGGAGAUGGUUGGCUGCUUCUCCACACUACUGACGGUGAGGAUAAAAACAUCACAAGUCAGAAUUUUCAGGCGACCUCAGCUUCUAUGCUGGAUUCGGGAGGGCAAAAACUAGUUAUAGGGGAUCAGCUAGUCUCUAGUGUCUCUGCUUCUCAGCACACGAGUGGAAAGUUUUUUCUUGUUUUCCAGGGUGAUGGAAACCUUGUGGCUUACCCUCAAAUAAAGACGAGGGGCAGCAUUGACUCAUACUGGUCCAGUGGAACGUAUAAUUCAUAUUAUAAGUAUUUGAACCUCAGCCCUACUGGGUCUCUGUCCAUGGUGGGGUUUGGUGUCACAGAGAGGGUAUUGAAUUUAACAAGGAGCCUAGAGUCGAGAAAGAACGUCGACACAGUAAUCUUCCGUGCUACUCUCAAUUGGGAUGGUAACUUUGUUUUGUAUUCCCACAGAUUCACAAGCCCCUCAAGUAACUUGACUAGCAUAAUGAAAAUGGAAUGGGCAGCCUUACAGGAUCCGUGUGAUGCCAAAGGAAUAUGCGGUUUUAACAGUUACUGCAGUUCUAGCACUUCCGGGAAUUUUCAGUGCCAUUGCUUUCCUGGUUUCUUAUUUGUCAACGGGACAAGAAAUGUCACGUCCAACGGCUGUUACAGAAACUUCACCGAUGAGGAAGCCUGCAACCGGAAAUUAGGACUACAACUUUCCUACAAUAUUACUGUAUUGGACAAUAUGAUGUUGCUUGCACACUACGCUUACAGCUCGGUGAUGAAUCUUAGCAAGGAUGGUUGUGGCCAAUCUUGCUGGGAUGAUUGCAACUGCUGGGCGGGUCUGUUUGCAGAAGAUGGUAGUUGCAAAAAGCUCAAGGUUCCCAUCGUUUAUGCAGUGCUUAAUAAAAGCAGGUUAACCGCAGUCUUCAUUAAAACUAGUUUCCCAUAUAAAGAAGUCAAAGAACCACAUUUACGAGGCUCAACGAACAUAAAUGUAAUCGUGGCUGAAAGGAAAAAACUUGUUUCCAUUCUAGGCAUAACACUUGGUUGCAUUGCUCUUAUGUGUUCGGUGUUGGCAUUCUCUGCUUUCUUCUUCUACAGAGUGCAUGCUCAUAGGUACCAAGCGAUAUCAGAAAAUGUUGAUAAUGGGUUUUAUAGAGAUCAUUUUUCUCUACGAGCAUUCACAUUCGACGAGCUUCAGAAAGCAACAGAUGGUUUUAAGGAAGUGAUAGGCAGAAAUUCUUAUGGGGAAGUCUAUAAAGGCUUUAUUUCAGAUGGCAGCAAGGCUGUUGCUGUGAAGAGACUGGAAAGGAUGUUUGAAGGAGAAGGACGGUUUCGAGCAGAAAUUACUGCUAUCGCUCAAACUCAUCACCGCAACUUGGUCCGUUUACUUGGUUUCUGCAUACAGGGAGCUACAAAGCUACUUGUUUAUGAGUUUAUGAGCAACGGCUCACUGGAAGAUGUUCUCUUUAACGCGGAAGCACCACCUGGAUGGAAACAACGUGUCGGAGUGCCACUGGAUGUGGCAAGAGGAAUCUUGUAUCUUCACGACGAGUGUGAAGCUCGUAUAAUACACUGCAAUAUAAAGCCUCAUAAUAUUCUCUUUGAUGAGGCUUGGACUGCUAAGAUCUCUGAUUUUGGGUUAUCAAAGCUUUUGAGGUCAAAUCAGAGCGGAACCCUCUUGAGUGUCGGUGGUGAGCGUGAUGGGGGAACAAGAGGAUACCUCGCACCUGAGUGGCACAAGAACACGUUGAUCUCCACCAAGGUUGAUAUCUACAGCUUCGGGGUUGUACUUCUGGAGAUUUUGUGUUGCAGAAAUAGAAUGGAGAUAGACGUUCUUUCUACUUGGGUUUACAACUGUUUUGUAGACAAAGACUGGAGUAGGCUGACGGGAGAUGAAGAAGUAGAUGUCAACAUGUUGGAAAAGAUGGUGAAAGUUGGACUGCUGUGCAUUCAAGAUGAUCCAGAUGCAAGGCCUUCUAUCAAGAAUGUUAUCCUGAUGUUAGAAGGAACUGCUGAUAUUCCAAUCCCUCCAUCACCAACUUCUCCUCAUUUGAUCUUAGUUUGA